UCGUCAAUAAACUAGCGUAGGCCAUCGUUGCCAAAGCAUCGCUGUUCGAGCGGGAGCUUUCGAGCCGGAAAAGCCUCGAGAGCGGUAAUGAUGAAGGAAGGACGGGAAGCCUCGAGAGAGUGCAUUAACUGAAGCUCGUGCAACGUUCGAGCGGAAGAUCUCGAGCUGGGUCCGGUUAACGCACUCGGAAAUGUCGGCGUGAGCCGGUUGGAGAAGGAGACACGGAGGAAGAGUAAGCGCGAGACAAGGAUGAUGGCCGAGAGCCAACAUCAGCACCAGAGCCUGAGAAGGAAGACGCGCUCGGCAUCGAUAUGCGCGCCCGGUUCCUCGAGCAUGGAGCAGAUGCUAAGUGCGAUGCCACCACUUGCCGGCAAGUACGGCAGGGAGCCGAGGAUGACAAACGCCGGCAAAAAGGAUAGCGGAAGCGCCACCCCAGAGAGCAGCAGCACCCCCACGAGGAGGCGGAGACCAGCCACGCGGUCGCAAAGUGCGAGGGUAUCCGGCGCUAACAAGAGCAUCCGCAGGAGGGCGGCUCAACAAGCGGCGGCGCAGCACGAUUAUCCUUCGGAGGGGUCGGGGGUGCGCUCGGCCCACUGCAGUAGCGAGCCCCGACUGACGGACAACGAUGUUAGUCCUGGGCUGAGGCGUCGGGGAAGUCGUCGGGGACAAAGCGUCCAUCACGCGCAUCACCGUAAGGUGAACGCCUACCUCGACGUACCGGACGCGAACGCCUCGCCGGUCCAGCGGGACGAUCUCUUGGACGAGGACCUCUACCGGCUCAGGAGCUUCAGCCUUACCAGCAAAGGAGUAAUAAAUCGAGGCGACUCCUUUCGGAAGAAGCGCUCGAGAUCGAAUUCCCUGGCCCCGGCUGAGGGCGAGCCGGAGGAGAUCAGCAAGUCCUCGCCGCCCAAGGACGUGGCCUCGUACAAUGUGGCGGUGCUUGGGGCGCGGGGCGUCGGCAAGUCCGCCCUUGUCAGCCAGUUCAUGUCAAGUGAAGGGAUCAAUGCUUACGAACACGUGCGUCAACGAGAUGGCCCGAGCGAGCAGUCCGUCUUUGUUAUGCUGAAUGGUGAGGAAAGUGAGCUGCGCUUCGUUGAUGUCACCAAUAUAAAGGAAUUGGAAAAAAUCCCACAGACUCACGCUUACGUUGUCUUGUACUCGGUGAUAGAUAAGGCGUCAUUCCAGCGCGCCGAGGAUUUACUCUCGCGACUGUACGAGCAGGACAUCAGGAGCAGACCCAUCAUCCUCGUCGGCAAUAAGAUCGACCUCGUACGCUCACGCGUCGUCUCCUCCCAAGAUGGGAAGUGCCUGGCGUGUACGUACCGCUCGAAAUUCGCGGAAAUCUCGGUGGGCAUAAGUCACAACAUCGACGACCUCCUCGUGGGCAUCCUGAGUCAAAUUCGACUGAAGGUGAACCAGGGCCAGGCGGGUGGAAGUGGUGGCUCGGCCAUGGACUCGGACCACUGGUAUAAAUCUCGGGGCGUUGUCAGGGCGAGCAUGAAAGCGCGUCAGAUGCUUACCUGGCUGUUCGGCAAAGAGGACCGCAAGUUUAAGAACUGCGAGAACCUCCACGUACUGUAAUUCUGAACCUCCAGCCUUUUAUUUUUAUAUCAUAACAUCCUCAGCUUGAGCACCUUUUUCUAUAAGUCCGCUGUCUGUCCCCGAAGGGCGUAUUAGUUUUUUGGGCGAGCAGCAUGUCCGAGUGAGGGCCGUAGUUCCUAAUGAAAUUCUGCGCUAUUUAUUGAGAAAGUGCUGUCGCGAACUGAGUUUGGAUCGAUUAAAUUAGUUGUUAUCAACGCCGGGCGCUGGAAAUACAAGAAUAAAUUAAAUUCCAACUUCGUUGUGAUUUAUUGUUAGUAUCGUUUAAAAGAGAUAAAGCAAAGCUCUGAUCAGGCUUGAAAGGGACUUUUAAAGUAACCUGAGUGAAUGGAGAACUGACGAUUAGAUUAUAAUUGAAUUUCCAUGAAAUUAACUG